CAGUCACAGUUCGCUUUGCUCCAAGAGAACUUUGUUUUGUCUUAUAAAUAUUAAAAUAUAUAAAUAUUAGUCGCAGAAUAUAAAAUAUAAUACAUACAAGACUUUAUUAUAGAUGUGCGGUAAUAUUACUGUUAAUUAAAACACUUAAAUGGCCGGCGUCAGAAAAGCGGCUAAAGAGAGCAGAGCUGCUGAGGGAUCAUCAUGUGAUAAGAAGCGAGGUAAGGCAUCAGAUGAGUCUCCGUGUGCUGUGAAUGAGAAGCAGUGUAUGAGUUCCACUGUGUAUGAUGACGACCCAAAUCUGGCACUCAGACCCAAACACCUACAAAAGCUGCGAGCUCCUCGACCCCCGAAAGACUCUCAAAAGCCCAGAGAGACGAGCCGUGUGCCGGUCCGUAAGACCCGCCCAAAGAACGCUGAACUGCAGCCGCUGGAUUAUACUGGUCCAGGAGGGCCACGCUUUGAUUCUCAGGGCAUGGUCCUGCCGCACAGCAUCCUGGGAAGUCUGGAGGACUUUAGGAAGGAGAUGGAGGCUAGAGGAGAGGUGGAGCUCGUGAAGAGAAUUCCUGAUGUGCAGAAACCACAACAACCUUUAGGGUUUAGGGGACAGAAACCUGAAGAGAAGCCCAAAUCUCGUCUACUCUAUGAGCAGGACCAGCAAGGACAUGCCCUUAACCACUGGUGUUAUCGCAUGGCAGAGAGACGUCGGCAGCUGAACUUCAUCUCCAAUUUGUUGCAGAAGCCGGUUGAGGAUGUUCUGAUGAACCAGGCGAACAGAUUCCGAGAAACUCAGGAGCAGAGAGAACUGAUCAGCCGAGCACUUCCCGCAGUACACUACGGACAUGGUGUCCAUGUGGGCAGUGAGUUCUGGAGUGUUCCACAGCGAUUUGGGGAUGAGCUGAGUGGAAUCAUGGCCACACUGACCCAGAAGGAGAAAGGACAUGUGGAGCCCAUCACACACAUCUCACAGCCCCAUAUUACACGCCUGGAGUCUGGUAAUGUCCUGUCUGAGCGCUCAGCCAGUAGAGUGUGGAGUCACAGUCAGUACCUGAAGUAUCGCCAAAAUGAGCUCAGAAAUGUACUGAGUGACCUCGAAAUGAAUCAGCCUGAGAUGGAUGGGUUGGAGAUUGUGGGCACUAGUCAGCCUUUCGCCUCUGAGUCAGUGGAGUGCUGUAAAAAGCAUGAGCAGGAUGAAGAGGACAGGAGUGAGGGAGAGCACAAAGAGAAUGAGGACCCACUGGCAUUUUUUGAUGAUGUCGUGCAAGAUGUGGAGCUGGUUCCUGCUCUGAGGAUCAGUGGUGAAUUGGCUCGCUGGAGUGGAAGCGCCGCCUCUCAUCAGGGAGAGGUUGGUGUCUCUGUCUGCCUGGUAUUCGAAGCUGUUGUGGGUGAGAGCACAUGUUGUCAUCUGGAACUGAAGAAUGAGGGGAGCACAGCCAUCUAUUACAGCUGGCAGAAACUGGAGCUGCCACACUGCUUUCCUGAGGCAAAAACAUGCAAGAACACUCAACAAUUCUACUUUAACACAGCUACAGCUGUGAUACUGCCAGGCGAUAUCGUGAGAAUUAUGUUCACCUUUAAGUCUGUGAGUCCUGGGAUCGUGACAGAGGUGUGGAAACUACACACACACCCUGUGCUGAUGAGCGGAGCCACAAUUCAUAUCACACUGAAGGGUAUGGCUCUAUACCAGGACAAAACCAGCAAAGAGAGGGCAGCCCUAGAGAUGGAGCUGGAGCAUCGAGUGGCUAUAUCAGUGUGCAGGUCUGUGGUGUUCAAUUUGCUGCAUGGGAUUCGUAUUCCAGAGAGGCCAAAAUCACCAGUUCAACUCCUUAUGACAGAGGAAGAACAAUUUAAUGCUCAGAAUCCAAAUCUACACUAUCAUCAGGAGCCAGUGAAGGCACUGACGGGUCUGUGGGAGCAGGCAAAAUGUUCAGAGGAGUCAGCAGCAAAAGAAGAUGAACACACACCCGGCCCUGUCUGGGAUCUGUCUUUGAGCAGCCUUUAUCAGGUGGUGAUGUGUUUGCCAUCAGAAGACGCAGACACACAUAAAGAGAGUGCAGGACUGUGUAGAGAGGAAGCUCUCAGCCUAUACAACACGCUACUGCUGCAACUCCACCAAUCACAGCCCGCUUCCAUCCCACUCACACUGCACGGAAUAGGGCUUCAGUUAUGGAGGGAGAUGUUGGAUGGUUUAGCCAGUGAAGCUGUGCGGCUCAGACACGUGCUAGGACUUCCUGAAAACCGUAACUGGGCAGAAACACAAGAUGAGUCAGAGAGCAGGGAAGAACCAAAGAAGGAAGAGAUCAUGGAAAGAAAACCAGAGCCACCAACUAAAGGAAAGGAAAAGAAAGGGGCUGCCAAACCUGCAGCCAAGGACAAACCUGCAGCCAAGGACAAACCUGCAGCCAAGGACAAAGCUGCAGAGGAGCAAGGCCAGGGUAGGAACAAUCCUAAAGAGGAGGAGAAGGUGUUGGGUUUGGAGAAGGAGGUGAAGAUAUUUGCACAACAACAAGAGGACAUCAAUCCUGAACUACAGCAAAGAUACCGAUACACACUACACCAACAGGUGUACGUGCUUAUGGAGAAAAUGAUUGAUUCUCUUGGAGAUCUGUUCGAAGAAGUUCAGCAAAUUCAAGAAAAUCUCUACAACAGCAAAUGAAACUUUUCUCUUUACCAACAAACACACACACACACA